AAACGGGUUUUUCGUCUUUUCGAGGUCUGGGUAAGUAUUAACAGAAGUGAAAGACUUUUGUUUUCUAAUGCUGGGUGGUUCCAAAAAUCAAAUUAUAUCAUUUUUACUGACUGACAUUAGCUUGGUGCCACAAGUGUUAGCAGUUAUCUGUUUACAUACUCAAAAUAACAGAGUGGAAGAAUUUCCUUUAGAGGCCUGCCAGCCUGACGUUAAAAAAGGAAAGCUGUUCAGUGUUUGGAGCAGCUUCAGAUCGUUUUUUUUUUUAAUAAUAAUAAAUCAGUCAGAAUUCUGACCGGCGUGGCGCAUCUAGCAGUCUCUGGAGAUGUUCCUCAGGUCUGCAGGCUGGUCUCGCUGCAAAACAUGUUUUUCUGAUAAAAAACCUUAAAUUAAACAUCUGCGUGUCCAGCUCAUUUGCUAUAUUUUCACUCCAGACGUUUCCUUGAAAAACAUUUCCAAAUGAUCCCAAACCUUUUGAGCAGCAGCAAUUCCAUGCAGGUGUAAAACAUCCCAGGUACACCAAAUACACACCAGCUUUGCUUGGAUGAGGAUUUGAAACAUGAUUAUAGAGAAUCAGGAAAUCAACUUAUCUGUUCAUCUUUGUACAGUUAGGACGUUGGAAAGAUGCAGAAAAUAAAACCACCAAACAACGUUGCAACAUAAAAGUAAUCUAUGAGUUUGAAAGGAAUUUCAAAAUAUUCUAAAAGUAUUCAUGAACCCAACACUGACGUCUCCCGUUUUCCAGCAGGGAUUUAAUUUUGAUUUGUUGACAUGUAGUUUUACAGUCUGUCCACUGAGCUGGUUGCUGCUGUGUUUCUAGGCUCUUAAUGGCUUAAAUAAUGUCAUCAUGAGUAAUAAUGAGCAGGAGGAGCAUUCCUCUUUUGUUGUUUGUUUAGUUCACUCUUAGCUUGUUUUUAACAGAUGUUUAUCAGCAAGUUUAGGGCAAAAACUCAUUUUGUGUAUCUAACUCCCGUGUCAGGGUUGGUUAUGAUCUCAUCGUUUCAUAAAGAAACAGCAGAAGAGUCUGAAAAAAAAGACAGAAAAUAGGAGGAGUUCGUUCACAGGAACAGAUUUAUUGUCCACUGGGAAAAUCGCUGCCAGAUUGUUUAUAAACGUGAGCGUCCUGAAGGGAAGCAGCUGGAGAAGACAAAAACAACCCACUGAAAGAGAAGAUUACCUUCAUCUACUCAGCCGUCAUGUCUCAACCGGUUCAGGAGGACGUCCACAUGCAGCGUCCUGCUGUUAAAGAAGAAGAUCUGACUGAAGCAAAGACCAAACUUGGUUCUUCUGAGGCUGCGAAGAGCAAAACCUUUGAAGUGAUGGAGGAGUGUGAGAAAAUGGGUAAAGCUGCUCCUUCCGUGUUCAGUGGAGCGAGGUCAGGAGCAGAGACGGUUUUCAACACUCGCUCAGCUCGACCCGUCAGGAAGUAGAGGGGAAACACCCAGAACCGGACCGAACUCCACGUUCAGAUCAGCUCAUGGACGUAAUAUUUUUGUUGGGGGGAGUCAAGUUUUGACCCCUGCACUUUUUACCAUCAAAAAACAAUAUCACUCUAUAUUAAAUUGACACUGGUUGAGCUCUCGGACCAAGCAGAAAACAACUGUUUGUGUUGAAGCCUGUUUCCCAUUAGAGCAUACUGUAAAGACCCCCCCCCCCCCCCACACACACACACACACAAUUCUAAAGUGAAAAUUACCAGGGGCGUGUCCAGGGGGUGGCCUGGGGUAGCACAUGCCACCCUUGGAAUCUAACUGGCCACCCCAGGUGCCACCACACUAAUUUACCUUUAAAUAGGCUUUUCAUUGUCCACAAAAGGCUUGGGGGUAAAACAACAAAAAGCAUAACCAUUGGUGCCACCCAUGCACAAAGUUGUGCCUCACCUGGGCCACCCCAUUUUAAAAGAUCUGGACACGCCACUGAAAAUUACGUCCAUGGAUCAGCUUCUUCCUGGUUUCAUUCAGCUUCUGUGAAAUUUAGCUUGAAGGAUGAAAUGUGACUGAAUGCGUUAAAUUAGUUUUUUCCUUUAUGGAUUAGUUUUCAUGAUCUAGUCUAACGGUCUACCACGGUUCAGGUCAGGGUAAAAAGAUUCCUCGCUAAUCUCUAGGGUUGGGCAUCGUUUGAUUUUGAACGAUUCCGAUUCAAAUUCCUCGUUUCGAUUCCGAUUCUUUGAAGACAUGACAUGCUUUACACGAGCUAGCUAACCACAGGUCCUACUUGAUGAAAUACUCUUAACUUCAACAUGGAUUCUAAUUCUAUGAACAAUAACAUCACCUUCAUUUAGACAGAAACAUGUUUUGGGAAAAAAAAGAAAAAGACUUGCAGCACAACCAGUGUGUUUGUUUCUGACCACAACCAAAGUCUGGAAGAAGCCUCUGGGAUGAGAGGCCAAAUGUCUCCAACACAUCCAGAAACGUCCAGCUGUUUUCAGCUACAACUCUCAGGAUGAUCAUGUCCAGGAUGACUGAGAACUACACCUCCAUGCUGCAGCAGCAUUCAGUCAGAACAGGAAGUGAAACUUAAAUGUAGCUGCUGUCAGUAACAAUCUAACAGAUUUUAAACAUUAAAACUCUCAACAGAACUAGUUCAAAAAGGAAAUUAAAAUGUUCACAACUUUGUGUGUGAUUUAUUAUUAUUUAAUGUGGCAGAAGCUGGUGUGGUCCACCACAGAGAAGCUGCUCUAGCAUGAUGACUUUAAUUAUUCUACAGGUUAUUGUUCAGCCUUCUGACGCUCACGUGUCUGACUGCUGACGCUUCGUGUGUUUUUAUUUCUGCAGUAAGACAAACUCACCUCACACCGUCCAGAGUUUGUUCUAUGAACAGAGCUUCUAUGAAAUCCACCGUGUUGACGUAUUUAACAAGUUUCCUCUACGCUGCAGGAAUUAAAGUUUACAUUACGGAGUAAAAGUUCGGCAGACACACAGACAGAUGGUGUGAUCAGCUCUGAAAAGCGUUGAUCACAAUUUGCAGAUCACGUUUAUUUUUCACGGAGAUCGGCCGCGGAUUCCUCUUCCGUCGGCAUUCUAGGAAUCGAAAUAAAAAAACGUUGAGCGAUUACACCGGUUCCAAUCGAUGCCCAACCCUACAACGGUAAUCUCACAACUUUUUAGAUUUAGUUAUAAUUGUGAGAAUUUAAAAAAUCAGGUCACGCAACAAGUGUCAAGUGUUUUAUGUGAGACAUAUUAAAGAAACCAAGACAGUA